ACAAGAAACACACGAUGUCUACAUCUCAUCCAGCUUCAACAGCUGUUCUCUUCUUCCUUUAAAAGCUCAUCAUCUCUUCCCUCCCCUCUGUGAAGAGGAAAGUUGAGUACAUGUCUAUCCGAAAGUUGGUAAUGGCAUUAGAAGCUGUUGUAUUCUCUCAGGGACUGUUCGGUUACGCUUGCAAGGAGAGCUGCACCACUCCUGGCGGAGGGGCAUGUAGCUAUGACCUUGGAGAUGUUAGCAUGGAGGCGAAGAGUUCGAUGCUUGAUGGGGAUAUGGAUGGAACUCGGUACCCAUCUUGUUCCGACUUGGUGCAAGACUUGGAGGGCUGGCACGCGAACUAUUCGACAGCGGAAGGUCAGGAGGAAGCGCCGGCCGAGGGCAAGGCCACCGAGGUGGUCAGAAGGAGGAAGCGGCCACGCACCAAGGGCAUCAAGAACAAGGAGGAGGUGGAGAGCCAGAGGAUGGUCCACAUCGCUGUGGAGCGCAACCGACGUAAGCAAAUGAACGAAUACCUCGCCGUGCUCCGAUCUCUGAUGCCUCCCUCCUAUGUCCCAAGGGGUGAUCAAGCAUCGAUCGUUGGGGGUGCAAUCAAUUACGUUAAGGAACUUGAGCAGCUCCUGCAAUCGAUUCAAGUGCAGAAGCAACUCGAGCAGCGAGCAGACACUGAUGGGUUCGCUUCUCCUUUCGCCGACUUCUUCAACACCCCACAGUACUCGUCCUGCUCCUUUAAUGGGGGUACCAGCAGCAGGAGCCAGAAUGGUGUCGCCAACGUCGACAAGGACUACAGCGGUAACGAAGCUAUGGUGGUGAAACGGUCAGCCAUGGCGGACAUUGAGGUGACGAUCGUAGAGAGCCAUGUCAACCUCAAGGUGCUCUCUAGGCGGCACCCCAAGCAGCUGUCGAAGCUGUUGACAUGGCUGCAGAAUCUGCGGCUCACGCCACUGCACCUGAAUGUAACCACUGCCAAUGAGAGGGUUCUCUACUCCUUCAGUCUCAAGGUGGAGGAUGACUGCUCAUAUGCUUCAGUGACUCAGAUUGCAGCUGCUGUAUGUGAAAUGAUAGGGAGGAUUCGAGAAGAGAACAUUGGACUGUCUUAAUCCCUUCCACAUAUAUGCUCUUUUCUCAUUUAGAGAAGAAAAGAUUGUGCUGUUUUAAGGCUGCUAUCUCUUUGUUCUAACAAAAAGACAACUUGGUCAUCUAAAAUCCAGAGCAAUUUCAUGACUGAUCCAUCUUUGCUCAAAUAAUGCUACGCUGUUUGGGCAAAAAGGCUUCAAUUCAGACUCCCGUGUUGCAGAUGGAUACAGUGAUUGAUUCUGAUCGCUGACUUGCAAUGCUACUGUUGAUCGCUCGAGGCUACUGUUCCUUUUUCCCUCCCUGGAGACUCACUCGCUCCGGAGAGAGUUGUACGAGUCAGAUGAAGUUUCGGAUGAAGAAAGAAGAGUGUUAAUAGGAGCGAGUGAGUUGCUGUGUUUAAUUUACUCUUUUUCUCUUUGGUGCCUCUGCUUGCCAUUAAACAUAAAAAGAGAGAUGAUUACCGAGUUAACAAUAUCAAAUAUGUUAGUAUAAU